CUUAUAUAAUAGCACAGUUAAAAUAUAAAUUUCAAAUUUGGUCUGGAACUGCAGAACAUUAUCCAAAAGGCAAUGAUAAGAGAGAAACUGUUGUGCAAAAAUAUAAAGAGAAAAAUUUUAUAUAUAAAUUGCUUGUGUCUUUUGAAAAUAGAGCAAUUUUGAAAUGCAUUUUGUGUAUCUUCUUUGUGUAAUCAGCCAAGUUAUUAAAAUCAUAGAAGCAUAUAGAAGCGGUAUACUACCCUAUGGAACUCAUAAAGUGGACAAUCGAGGAGUGAAAACUUACAAGCAAAGAACUCUUGAAGUUGGAGUCUACACUGAUAAAUUUUUGUGGAAAAAUAUGAAAGCUCAAGUGAAGGGAUCUGAUGCUGUUGUGGAAAGUGCUAUGAAAAAGAUGAUAGGAAACCUAUUUAGAGAAGUUGGGGUUUUAUUCAAACAUCCAUCAAUUUCAAAAAAAGGGGGAUUUGAUGUAAAAGUGAAUGGUAUCAUAAUAGUCAAGGAUGAUUCUUUUGAUGAAUUUUUCAAGCAUAUUCAUGAAGCAAAGCAACAAAUAGAUAAACUCCAAUGGUUUAAGAGUUAUGUUUCUUAUAAAAACAAUCCAGAUGAUAAACAACGCAAUAGCUAUGAUAUGAAUAUCCUCCUCAUUGGAACUGACAGUGAUUGGCUUAACGGACUUGGUAAUCCUAACAGUGUUUGCUUUAUGAAUGCUGCUGCCAUAGCGGACUUGUAUUUAGUGGGGGGUAAUUAUAUAGCUCGGAAUGUUCCUUUGGUAGCCCAUGAAAUGGGGCAUGUUUUGGGAGCCCAGGAACAUGAUGGAGAAUAUGAGUCUUCUAAAUGCGACAAAGGAACAUAUAUUAUGGCUCCCAAUGUUGACACUAGUGCUAAAACAUGGAGUUCCUGCUCAAGGGACCAGUUUGAUCUAAUCGCCGCCCAACUUGAUGGGAGCAAAGUAACAAAAGGAAAUUGCUUUUACGUUUAGAAGAGCUAUUGGAUUUAAUCUUAGUUUAGACAAUGUUUUGCAAAAUAUUUUAAAAUAAAAAAAGACGCAAUUAUAUA